CGCGGGUGUCAGUUAGCGGGUUCCAGCCUUUCUGCGGCGAGACGCUGCACCGGUGAUGGCGGGCGAGCAGUCUGGCUGGAGGCGGGCGGCUCUGCUCCAGCUCCUUCUUGGCAUGAGCCUGAUGGUGACGCCACCCACCCAGGCCCGGAGCCUGCGCUUCGUUACCUUGCUCUACCGACAUGGAGACCGUUCUCCAGUGAAGACAUAUCCCAAGGACCCCCAUCAGGAGGACGAGUGGCCCCAGGGCUUUGGGCAGCUAACCAAGGAGGGGAUGCACCAGCACUGGGAGCUGGGCCAAGCUCUGAGGCAGCGCUACCGUGGCUUUCUCAACUCCUCUUACCACCGACAAGAGGUUUAUGUGCGGAGCACAGACUUUGACCGGACGCUCAUGAGCGCCGAGGCCAACCUGGCUGGACUCUUCCCUCCCAGCGGGAUGCAGCGCUUCAACCCAAACAUCUCUUGGCAGCCCAUCCCCGUCCACACCGUGCCCAUCGCUGAGGACAGGCUGCUGAAGUUCCCGUUGGGCCCGUGUCCUCGUUAUGAACAGCUGCAAAACGAGACCCGGCAGACCCCAGAGUAUCAGAAUGAGAGUAUUCAGAAUGCACAAUUUCUGGAUAUGGUGACCAACGAGACAGGCCUUACGGACCUGACACUGGAGACUGUCUGGAACGUCUAUGACACACUCUUCUGCGAGCAAACACACGGGCUGGUCCUGCCACCCUGGGCCUCACCCCAGACCAUGCAACGUCUGAGCCAGCUGAAGGACUUCAGCUUCCGCUUCCUCUUCGGGAUCUACGAGCAGGCAGAGAAGGCCCGACUUCAGGGCGGAGUCCUGCUGGCUCAGAUACGGAAGAACCUGACCCUGAUGACCACCUCCUCCCAGCUCCCUAAGCUGCUGGUUUACUCUGCGCAUGACACCACCCUGGUCGCUCUGCAAAUGGCACUGGAUGUUUACAACGGCAAGCAAGCCCCCUAUGCGUCCUGCCACAUGUUUGAACUUUACCAGGAAGAUAAUGGGAAUUUCUCUGUGGAAAUGUACUUUCGAAAUGAGAGUGACAAGGCCCCCUGGCCACUGAUCCUGCCGGGCUGCCCUCACCGCUGCCCUCUGCAAGACUUCCUUCGCCUGACAGAGCCUGUCGUGCCCAAGGAUUGGCAGCACGAGUGCCAGCUGGCAUCCGGUCCUGCAGACACAGAGGUGAUCGUGGCCUUGGCUGUCUGUGGUUCCAUCCUCUUCCUUCUCAUUGUUCUGCUCCUCACUGUCCUCUUCCGGAUGCAGGCCCAGCCUCCUGGCUACCGCCACGUCGCAGAUGGAGAGGAUCACGCCUGACAACUACUCAGCCCCCUUCCCUCUGCCUCCUAGGGGAGGUGGGCUAGGCCCUUGCUCCUGACUGUUGCUGCUCCCCAGCCUGUGGACAGGAGACCCUGGGUUGGGGCUCCCUCUGAUUGCAUACAUGAACAAGUGGGGCUUGGCUUGGCCUAUGGCACCUGUCACUCAGCAUUCACGUGCCUGAUGUUUACCAAGUACUGUGUUGGACACUGGCUUUCUCUAAACAGGAUCUGCCGCCACCAUGCUCCUUAUGGACUUGAAAUGUAGACAAGGAUUCAAGUUUCACUGUGGGCCUGGGCUAAGAAAGACUGAAGGAGUCAGGGCUUGGUCUGCCUUGCCUCUCCAUCAAACCCUGCUCUCUCUCUUCCAGCCUGGCAAAUGGCUCAGAGGACAGUCUUGCCAACAGGAAAAAUUACGCAGGAAAAAUUACGCAACAUUGGGGGUACAAACAUUGGCCACCAAGAGACCAAUCACCCAAUAGCUGGCCAGCCAAGUUUUCCUGUCUGGCUGAAGCCACCAUUCAUCAGACCUAAGGCUCCGGGCAUCUGUCCCCCACAGCUAGAGCAGGUGGGACAAGGGCUUGUGCUUGGGAGGGGGGAGGGGUCCAGUGAUCAUGGUCUAGAAUCAAGAAACUGCUGUCCCCCCCAGCUGGGCUGGGGUCUCCAGGAAGCUGAGGUAAAUGCAGGACAUAAGUUGGACAGCUCUUGACUGUGGCCUGGGAUCGGGCUGAGGCAGCUUCUAGAGAAUGAAAGUUUGGGACUCUUAGUGCUGUUUCUGUGCCUUUUCUUCAUUUUGGGGCCCCAAGGAGCCAUCUGCCCAGUCACUGCUGGAAGAUCCACUCAGAAGCUUAGUUGGGUUUGGUUUUAUUGGCCAUGUCAACAGUGAGCACACAUCGAAACCACUACCUGAUCACCCUGCCACUGCAUGUCAGAGAGGAGAAAAGUAUCUUGGCUCCAGGAGAAGCUUGGCUGCAGGCUAGAUAGAGCAGUGACCCUGGAGCAGCUGGGUCUCCGACUCUGGAGACGUGUCCGGAGCUAAGUUCAGGGCAGUAGCGUGUCCCAGUCCCACAGUGUCCCAUGCCAAUGUCCCUGCUCCAGCCCUCCACUUGGGUCCCUUUGGCCCUUUAACAAACAGCUGUCUUUUCUCGCAGGACUUAUUCUCUUGUGGCUCCAAGCCCUGGCUUGGCCCGCGCCUUCAUUAAUGUCGCUCAUCUCCGAAUCCCAGCUUCCUCGUGGCUCCAAAUGAGAAUGUGGUAGCCUAGGAGAAGUGAGACUAGUCUGACUUGCACCUUCCAUUAUCACUCUCUGACAGCACGGGGCUGGCCCAGGACUUGGUGAGGAAAUACCAGGAAACUGGACAGUAGCCAGGCAUUGCCAGGAGAAAGCAAAGCUAUAGAGGGCUUAGGCCAAAGAGACCGCUGUCACCUGUUUAUCUUAACUGUCACCCUGGGCUGCAUGUGACAGGGCUGAGCUGAGGUUAGCCUGCACUGGACCUCAGAGAGGAGGGACAGGCUUGGCUAGUCAGAGAUACAACCAACCGCACUCACCCAUCACAGAGGCCAGUGUGUCCCCCAUUGGAUUGAACUCAUUGAGCUGCAAGGACAAGGGGGUAAGCAUAAGGAGGGGGUAAAGGGAGUAGCAGAGACAGAGUUGGGGACUCAUUUCUGGUCAAUAAAGUAGGUGGAAUCCCUGUUUCCUCCCAUCAUUAUUCAAGGUCCCAAGCCUCACCGAAAUGAUGCCAGAAGAUUCUGGGUCAUAGAGUUGAUACAUCAUCUUUCCUGAGCUUCCAUCAAACACAUCAACCGUCCUUAAUUCAUAGGGGGUACAGCUUUUGAAAUUAGGAUCUGGGUAUCGGCCCACAACAAUGAGGUUGUACCGGGGAUGCCAGGUUGCCUAGGAGAUGGAGAGGCUGGUCACGAGAGUAAAUGCACAACACUGUUGAGAGGGACACAGAAUUAUCCUUUGCCACUAGCAAUUGUUAAUACAAUCGCCAACAAUUCAGUAAUGUAGGUGAGACCUACAAGAAUCUUAAGAAUGGUUUUCAGUUGCAGUACAUUUGCCGGUGCACAUUUUUAAUCCCCCAGGUG